GGUAAUCAAGAGAAGGACCUCGGAAUAGAUUCAGGCCAUCGUCUGUCCAUCUCUGCAUAAGAAAUAGCACAAAAUGCACGCAUUUUGCCGUAUCGGGUCAGCGCAUCGUCAACUUGCAAGUCCUGCGGCAAGGAGUGUAUCCACGCUUAUCCUUGCUGAACAUCAGGCUGGCAAAUUGGCUCCAGCUACACUCAAUGCUAUCGCUGCUUCUCGGAAGAUCGGCGGAGACGUUACCGUUCUAGUUGCCGGAAAGGAUGUCUCUGGCGUAGCUACUGAAGUAGGUAAAGCUGAGGGUGUUAAAAAACUCUUAGUGGCUGACGAUGCAUCACUUGAAGGCCUGUUGCCAGAGCGCGUGGCGCCUGUCAUCCUAGCGUCUCAAAAGCAAUUUAAUUUUACACACAUAAUAGGUCCUUCGACAGCGUUCGCUAAAAACGUGCUGCCGCGCGUUGCAGCAAAGCUGGACGUGUCGCCCAUCUCGGAUGUUCUGGAUAUUAAAUCAGAGGACACCUUUGUACGGCCUAUCUAUGCCGGUAAUGCGAUUCAGACGCUACAGGCGGCUGAUUCCGUGAAAAUUCUCACGGUGCGAGCAUCGUCAUUUGAUGCUGUCAGCAUGGGAGGCAACAGCGUGCCCGAAGUCGCUCCUAAGGCUGAAAGUGUAAAGGAAGACAUUUCAACGUAUGUCAAAUCCGAGAUCAGCAAAUCAGAGCGGCCAGAAUUGUCGUCGGCUAAGAAGGUCAUUUCAGGAGGCCGAGGUAUGAAGUCAGGUGACAACUUCAAAAUGCUCUAUGAUCUCGCUGAUAAAAUUGGAGCUGCUGUCGGAGCGUCUCGCGCUGCUGUGGAUGCAGGUUUCGUUCCAAAUGACCUACAGGUUGGCCAGACCGGAAAAAUUGUUGCGCCUGAACUUUAUGUGGCUAUCGGAAUUUCCGGAGCUAUUCAGCAUCUGGCUGGCAUGAAAGACUCAAAAACGAUUGUCGCGAUUAACAAGGAUCCUGAGGCUCCUAUCUUCCAAGUGGCAGACAUUGGACUAGUGGCGGACCUCUUUAAGGCUGUGCCUGAGAUGCUAGAAAAGAUCGACGGAUAUAAGUCAAAAUAGAUUCGGUUGUUUAGGCUACUUUUGGAAUAUGGAACUCUACAGAUGUAAUAUUAACUAAGAAGUUAUACUGGACAUUUUCAAAGAGCCGUCAAGGUUAAUUACCAUAUUUUACGACAAUUUUCGGGCAGUCCGGUGUUCACUGAACGAACACGAGUACGUACCUGAGCGAAUAUCUCUAAUUAGUCAUAAGUUGAAUGUCUUUCAACUGCCAGAACCUAUUCAAUCAACGAAACUUUGUGAAUCAAACAGAUGGUCGGUAGGACCAUCUAUUUGAUUCACAAAGUAGGAAAAAGUAGGCUAUUUUACAUGAAAGAUGGUCCUAUGAUU